AUGGCUGCCACUGGGCAACCUCUGGAGCCCGAUACAUUUGAUUCGGACUCGGCAAUCUCGGAGCUUCGGAAUGGCAGUACCGACUCGCCUACCCCGAGUAUGUUGACGGUGCUGGAGGAGAAUGGCAGGACAUAUCACGCAAUGAGUUCCGGGAGUGAGCAGUGCCUUACGAGCCACCUCCUCAAUGCUGUGUCCUUGACUGACGAUAUCAAAAAAGAAUACCCGUUCCCCAACGAUAUUGUUGAGCAGGAACGCCUAGAUUUCCAGCAUCUCAUGUGGAGUGUGACGCUGGACGACAAGCUCUGCCUAUGUCCCAAGGGCUCACAAAAGGCAAAGCGCGUGCUGGACGCCGGUACGGGCACCGGGAUCUGGGCGAUGGAUUAUGCGGACGCACAUCCGGAAGCCAAGGUCAUUGGUGUAGAUCUGAGCAACAUCCAGCCGAAAUGGUAG